CCGUCAAAAUGGCCGAUCUGACAUCUGUGCUUAACUCUGUCCUGUUUUCUUCUUCCAGCAAAAUGUUUAUCGGAGGCCUGAGCUGGCAAACCUCACCAGAUAGCCUUAGAGACUAUUUUAGCAAAUUUGGGGAAAUCAGAGAAUGUAUGGUCAUGAGGGACCCCACCACGAAGCGUUCCAGAGGCUUCGGUUUCGUUACGUUUGCCGAUCCGGCAAGUGUAGACAAAGUAUUAGCUCAGCCCCACCAUGAAUUAGACUCCAAGACGAUUGACCCUAAAGUUGCAUUUCCCCGACGAGCACAGCCUAAGAUGGUCACAAGAACAAAGAAAAUAUUUGUAGGUGGAUUAUCAGCGAAUACAGUAGUGGAAGAUGUAAAGCAAUACUUUGAACAGUUUGGCAAGGUAGAGGACGCCAUGCUUAUGUUUGACAAGACUACCAACAGGCAUAGAGGCUUUGGCUUCGUCACUUUUGAAAAUGAAGAUGUGGUGGAAAAAGUCUGUGAAAUUCAUUUUCAUGAAAUCAAUAAUAAAAUGGUAGAAUGUAAGAAAGCACAACCUAAAGAAGUGAUGUUUCCACCAGGGACAAGAGGAAGGGCGCGAGGAUUACCGUAUACCAUGGACGCUUUUAUGCUAGGGAUGGGAAUGUUGGGCUACCCAAAUUUUGUUGCAACGUAUGGCCGAGGAUAUCCUGGAUUUGCUCCGAGUUACAGCUAUCAAUUCCCAGGUUUUCCGGCAGCAGCCUAUGGACCAGUAGCAGCAGCAGCGGUGGCGGCAGCAAGAGGAUCAGGGAUCCCUGAUUACGGUUUCUAUUCUUCGCCCGGUGACCAACGGGCCCCGUUAUCGUAUGCGGACUAUGGUUCCAUGGGGCCUCGGGUGGCUCAGAUGCUUCGUAGCGAGCACGCUGCUUCAGCAAGUAACUCCCCCCUCCACCACCUUCCCAGCCCGGAUCAGUUUAAGAGCCCAGUCUUGAAUAGCUACAGUGCUCAACCGAAUUUUGGCGCACCUGCUUCCCCGGCAGGCUCCAAUCCAGCCCGGCCAGGAGGAUUCCCAGGGGCUAACAGCCCAGGUCCGGUCGCAGACCUCUACGGUACAGCCAGUCAGGACUCCGGUGUUGGUAAUUACAUAAGUGCUGCCAGCCCUCAGCCAGGCUCUGGCUUCGGCCACGGAAUCGCUGGACCCUUGAUUGCAACGGCUUUUACAAAUGGAUACCAUUGAAACGUUACACAUGGUUGGUUGCCAUCUCACUUUGAGAGUAUAUCUGGAUGUCCAGGCAAGACAGGGCGAAGUUUCUGAAUGGUCCCAUGUUUAGGUGAUAUCAUCAGACUUUGAGCACUACAUCAUCACCAAUAACAUACACAAACUGGAGGUGGCACUCUACGGACUUAGGUUGUUUAAAAAUCUCUCAUCAUCUCAUGAAUCUGCUGUACUAUACAAACAACAGCUUUUAAAACAUGUAUAUAUAAUCCAUUUCUCUUUUGUUUUAUUUUCUGGAUGGUUUUUCUCCCCACCCCCUUUUCCUCCCCCCCUUUUAAAUCGAUUUGAAUCACAUUUUGUUUUCAUAGCAUUUUGACAUAGUCUCGUAGUCAUGUAGAUCUAAUUCUUUGUGUAUCUAGUAAAAAGCCUAACCAUACUAUAACUAACUGUUUAUAUUAAGGGUUUUCUUUUAGUUUUCCCUCCUCCUGAUUUUUUUUUCCCCUUCCCUUUUGUUUUAUGUAGUUGUUGCUUAAAGGAUGCUGAGACGGUAACAUGAUUCUCAGUCUUUUGGUACCAAUUCUGAAACUGUAAAAACUCUUCAGGUGGGAUUUUAGCGCACACUGAAUUGUAGGUAGAGCAAGUGCAGCAGGUGGGCUGAAGUCAAGUUUUUCAUUUGUGUUGUCUGGGAGCUGAGAGUGUAGUGGCGUAGCAGGUUCUCUAGCCGGUCUUUUCAUUUGUGAUGUCUCUGUUAACCUAAUUCUAUCUAUUUUCGGCAAUAAGGUAAGGACUCCAAAAGUUUUGCGUGUCCUUUUUUCUAUAAGUGCUUUUUUUUGUUGAAAGAGGUGAUAUAAGGUUUUUUGAACUUGUGAAUCCUGAAAAAAAAA